GCUAUUGCUAAGUUUUUCACGAUGUGGGUUGUGUGCUACAACUUCAUGACGUUAUGCUCUGUCGGAAUUUUUGACGAUUAUCGAAUCAUUGUGGAGGGAGAGCCCUAUGCAGGCAUGAGCAAGCACUUCUCUUUCGACCCAUGGAUGUGGCUGGGCAUCGUGAUAUACUUGAUCGGUGGCAUGUGGGUUCUGGAAAUCUGGACAUCUUUGGGGCAGUUCGUGAUCUCGUGGUGCUCUGUCAUCUUCUACUUCACUGAGAAGGAAGAUGAUGAGAAGGUAGCCAUCCCUGUUGCCGCCUGGAAAGCGCUGUGGAUUGCUGCCCGGUACCACACAGGCAGCAUCAUGCUUGGUGCAUUUGGCAUCUGGUUUUUUCGGAUCUUCCGGAUGGCGGCAUGGCUUUGGUCUGAGAGCCUCCCGCACAAGAACUCCAAGUGCGGCAGCUUCGUGCCUCUGAGCUUGUUCAACUGUUGUGUCCAGGCGGUCGGAAGUUGUGUCGACGGAUGCCUCGGUGACAAAAAGAAGAGAAACGAACAAGCGGGAAGCUGGCAGCAGCCCGACUCCAUCUAUCAACAGUACUCCAAAGAUGCCUACCAAGAUGUUACAAUUCAAGCGCAGCAUUUUUGGCAGGCCAAGGAGAAAGCUCAGAAGAUAAUAGGAGAUCAAGCGCAGGUCAAGAAGUACACUGGCAAAUGCCGCCCAAGUACAUUUAUUGGAGUGGUGUCCGUUGCCGUGGUUGGCUUUCUUACAUCCUAUCUCAUCAUGAACCAUUCAGGGAUCAAUGACCCGGCGAAGUCUUCUUUCAUCCAGGAUCCGGUUAUGGUGUCCGCUGUGGCUUUCUUCCUAUGUGGCUCCAUAGCGUACGACUUUUGCGCGUUGUAUGACCAUCUGGCUGACUCCCUUCUCUACUGCUUUGCAUACAACCGCAAAGCAAACAAGAAGACGAUUCAUAAGUUUGUGCCGGAGGAGAUCCAAGAGAUGAUCGGCAAAGAAGUGAUCGACUCCGUGAAGAAGCCUUCUUACGGCUAUCAUGGCAGAGCGAGGCCCGAGAUGUUCGUGUCCACGUGGCUUAAGCAGGGGCAGCACACGUUCGGUGGCUGGUCGCUGGGUGGAGGUGAGCACCAGGCUCGCGAGUUCUCUCUCUCUCUCUCUCUCUCUCUCUCUCUCUCUCUUGCUGCUGCUGCUGCUGCUGCUGGUCCUGUGUUGUGA